AUGAAGCUCAACUUGCUGGCUCUCUCCACCCUCCUGGCCGUGGCGGCUGCUGCCGACACCACCUCGGCCGAACCCUCGACCACCACGACCAGCGCGGAGGUCAAGUGUGCCAAGAGCUGUGACUCCAAGGAUCUUUGUUGUGUUGCCAAGUGCUACAAGGUCCCCUGCCCCAACGACAAUCAGGCCAAUGACACCAACAGCUGCGUGUCCGCCUGCCCCCAGGGAUCUGGCUCGCCCGCCGACACCCAGAAGUACGCCCAGUGUGAGCAGAACUGCUUCAGCUCGCACUUCUUCCCGGCCAACGGGGCUGCCACCACCAAGACGAGCACGACCGACACCACUGCCACCGGCUCUGCUGCCACCGAGACCAGCUCUGACAGCACCAAGUCGUCCGACAGCAAGACCAGCUCCACCUCGGGCUCCCCGACCAGCUCCUCGGGUGCCGCCGAGACCAGCAAUGCUGCCGCCAAUGUCAAGCUCGGUGCCUCCGCCGCCGGUCUCUUUGGUCUGGUCAUUGCGGCCUUCGCUCUGUAA